GCUGACACCUACCCCAACUGUACUUUGGGCUUAAGAAUUCUGACACUGGGCUGAGCUGUCAUUCUCCCAUUUUUUUUGGGUAACAGACAUUCUUCAGUAGUGUGCUUGUGCAAGUUGUGCGAAUCCAUAUGGGCCUUGCUGUGUCUAUUGCUUUAAGGUGUAAAACGGGCGGGUUGCCAUCCUGGCCCAGAAAGAUGUGGGCUGUGCUCCGCCCAUGUGCUACAGUACCAUGCUGUAACUGUCAAGGUCCUCAAGGAUGGCCUACACAUCUGGGCCGGCAUGAAUUAGUGCCAGCCCACGGGCCCGUACCCCUCCCUAGUCCGGCCGGUAGUCCCUACUCAUACUCUGGUAAUGCUUAAUGCUUUGUCAGCAUGGCACGGGCCAAGGCCAUGCAGGCGGCACAACAAAAGUGGGCCGGGCCCUACUGCCCCUACAUUACAUCUAUACGACUAUACUAUCUAUUGCUUGAUACAUACCAAUUACCACAUAGGCACUUGACAUGUCAACAGUUGACCUUGAGGAAUAAGGAUCACAAAGAUCAUGAUAAAGAAUCCUCAGAAGGGAAUCAAUCGGUUCAGCUGCAAUCUGAAUCAGCAAAGAACUUGGUCAUGUUUAGUGGUAUGUAUGACACACAUCGGGUUCAUUGAGGAUGCAAGUUGCUCUUAGCAUUUCAAGAGAACGUUUAUCAGUUGGCAUCUCUACUCGUGAAAUAAUCUUCAAAACCUCUUGAAUAUUUGCUCAAACAAACUUGAGAUAAUACAUUUUUCACUUGUAUUUAAUAUCAUAUAUUAUCAGCACCUGUGUAUGUUCGUUGGAGGGAGAGCAUUCUAGUGUAGCACAAGAGGGUUAAUGGAAGGACUGGCAAAUUCCACUGCCAACAUAGAAUGUAGGUAACCCAUCUUGAAGUCCCCAGAAACAGCAUCUUGUCUUGUGAAAUGGAAGGACCUAAUGGCUAAUCCAGGAGGAACUUGUCUGUAUCAUCUCGUCUUUGUCUUGUGAUUUUAAAUAUUAAAUAAGCAAGUUAUUCUUCUUAGUUUCAUGAGAGCUGGUAAUUUUGAAGUAUUUUUUUGGGUUUUAAAUAUUAAACAAGUAAGGCAAGUGUGUUGAGUUGAAGCUCGAAUAAAAUAUGUGUUAGCUCAAUAUUAAAGAAGAAGAACCUUAUGGCUUAUACUAUUCUGCUGAACCAAGAUCGAACUUCGUAUUCAAUCAGCUCGGCUCUGCUGGUAAGUCGUAUCCACCCAACUGUGGACUCCAUCUUCAUGAAGGCUCCUAUACGCCGUGGCCGUGCAAAGUGUAAACUGUAAACGUAUUCAUCUUCAUCUUCUACGUGGCCAACCUCCGCCGCUGUCCGCUGGGCUAUAAACAAAUAACGGGCAUACUGGAUAACAGAGAGGAAUUGGUGAGUGGUCCACCGUCCACGUACAACGUUCCUCUCUCUUUACUUUCAAAGGCUUACACGUGCACUACUGCACGAGCCACCCGCUAUUCAAUAGUCAAUAAAGAAGAGGAAAACAAAAGGGGAAAGAGGUUAAUAGAACUGCUCCCGCUCCCGCUCGCUUAGGCCUUAGAGGAUUAACUCAGUUAGUCCUACUCCUACCGGUCAUUUUCACUUGUUUCUUCGUCUUCUCUCCGCAAAGAGACUCAGUAGAGAGAACGUAUCCUGUUUGGAGCCACCAUAUCUAGGGUUUCCACUCUCUAGGGUUUCUAUUUGUUCCUUUCCCCACAGAGAGAAGCAAGAAAUGGAUGUUCCGAGCAAUGGUGGACUGUUGUACCACGAAGUGCAGGAAUCAAAGCUCUGUGCGGUGCAUUGCGUCAAUACCGUGUUGCAGGGGCCCUUCUUCUCUGAGUUCGAUUUGGCCGCUCUCGCCUCCGAACUUGAUCGAAAAGAGCGUCAGAUGAUGCUCGAGGGUGGUGCUGUCUCCGACGAUUUCCUUCGUUUCGAUUCCGAAGAGUCGCAUAAUGUCUCCAUGGAUGGCGAUUUCAGCAUCCAGGUUUUACAGAAGGCUCUGGAGGUCUGGGAUCUACAAGUUAUCCCCCUUGACUGUCCAGUUGCAGAGCCUGCACAGAUUGACCCCGAACUUGAGAAUGCAUUUAUCUGUCACUUGCAGGAUCAUUGGUUUUGCAUCAGGAAAGUAGAUGGGGAGUGGUAUAACUUUGACAGUCUGUAUGCAGCUCCUGAACACCUCUCUAAGUUCUAUCUUUCAGCCUAUCUUGAUUCUCUGAAGGGCUUUGGCUGGAGCAUUUUCCUGGUAAAGGGAAACUUCCCAAAGGAAUUUCCAAUUUCAUUAUCGGAAGCUUCUAAUGGCUUUGGGCAAUGGUUAUCACCUGAAGACGCUCAAAGGAUCACAAAAUCCUACAACAUGGCACAAUCUGCCCCUAACAGAACCGACUUGCCUCAAUCAAGUUCAGAUCCUUCUAUGAUUUAUAGGGAAGAUGGAGGAUUCUCAGACAUGGAAGAUGAAGAUUUAAAGGCUGCAAUUGCUGCAAGUUUGAUGGACUCUGCUCCAGCUGGUACUGCGGUCGAUACAAACAAAGAUCAAUGAUACCACUGAUUAUAUGCAGGAGAAAUCAGUAUAGUGAUAUCUAUUUUCAACUCAAGAAGAAGACAAACGUUCAUUUGGAUGGAAAUGGUUGUUUUCCGUCUUUACUUUGUAGCUCUACUACUGUGCAGCAUGUAUUAACUUUCAAUCCAUACUCAAUAGCUCUACGAAACGAAAGCCUCUGUAAGAAAAACUUUUCAAGGAUCAAAAUAGAUGUUCAAAGUGAUAAAUGUUUCCUUAAGAAGAGUACCAAAGGAUGAAAAUAGUUUUUAACA